AUGUGUCGAAGCCUCGGGUAUCAGAGGACCAUCACAAGGAAGAGGGGAAGAGGACCGUAGAGGAGCCGUAGUCUGCAGACAACUACAGCCGGAAUGGGUCGUGGAGAGGAACUCAGCGACUUCCAGCGCGGCACCGUGGUCGGAUGCUACCUGUGCAAGAAGUCCAUCCGGGAGAUCUCCGCCCUGCUCAACCUGCCUCGGUCCACCAUCAGCUCCGUGAUCCUCAAGUGGAAACGCGGAGGAAUAACGACGGCUCUGCCCCGGAGCGGCCGACCGCACAAGCUGAAGGAGCAGGACCGCCAGGUGCUGGAGAAGGUGGCUAUGGAGAAGAGUCUGCCCUCCAUAGAGGCUCUCACCGCCGAGUUUCAGACCGCCUCCGGGGCCAACGUGAGCGCCACCACCAUCCGCCGGGAGCUCCACGAGAUGGGCUUCCGCGGCCGAGUGUCCUCCUACAGCAAGCCGAAAGGAGGGCAGAAGGUGGCAAAGAAGCCGGGAUCUCCUGACCAAGAGGAUGAAAAGGUAGAUGUGUCUCGUCUGGACCUGCGUGUUGGACGCAUAAUAACGGCUGUACAGCUUCUAGACACCGACAGUCUGUAUGUGGAACAGAUUGAUGUAGGCGAGGCGUCUCCCAGGACGGUAGUCAGUGAACUGGCCAAGCACAUAUCCUGGGCCCAGAUGCAGAACCGCCUGGUGGUCGUGCUGUGUAACCUGAAGCCAGUGAAGACAAGAGGGAUGAUGAAUCAGGCUGUGAUCAUGUGUGCUAGCUCACCAGAAAAGAUGGAAAUCCUUGAUCCUCCGAGUGGAGCCGAACCAGGGGACAGAGUAACUAUCCAGGGAUUCCCAGGUGAACCAGACAGAGAGCUAAACCCCAAAAAGAGGGUGUGGGAAGAGGUGCAGCCAGACCUGCGUACGGACAGCCAGUGUGUCGCCACCUACAAGGGAGCUGCCUUUGAAGUGGUUGGAAAAGGAGUGUGCAAAAGCCAAACUAUGAGCGAUUGUGAAAUCAAAUAAACUAAACAGAGCUGCCUGAAAUAACUCGGUGCAAAUCCCUGCAGCCGGAAAGGACCCAAGAUUUUGUGGAAAGACUUCCCAGGAGGGUGGAGGCUGUGAGAGCAGAAUAUUAACGCUCAUGGCUUUGAAAUGACACAUCUAGCCAUCACAUGGGUGUGAUGAUUGAGUGUCCACAUGCUUUGAAAAUUAACAGUGAUGAACCCUCUGUUGGACCGACAUGAACAUGACUGUUACAUACAUAACUUGCCCUCAGAAAAAUGGGAAAUUCAACAUAUACACUACCGUUCAGAAGUUUGGGGUCACCUACAAAUGUCCUUAUUUUGAAAGAAAAGCUGUUUUUUUAAUGAAGAUAACAUUAAAUGAAUCAGAAAUCCAGUCUAGACAUUGUUAAUGUGGUAAAUGACUAUUCUAGCUGGAAACGGCUGAUUUUUUAUGGAAUAUCUACAUAGUGAUACAGAGGAACAUUUCCAGCAACCAUCACUCCUGUGUUCUAAUGCUACAUUGUGUUAGCUAAUGGUGUUGAAAGGCUAAUUGAUGAUUAGAAAACCCUUGUGCAGUUAUGUUAGCACAUGAUUAAAAGUGUUAGUUUUCAUGGAAAACAAAUUGUCUGGCUGACCCCAGACUUUUGAAUGGCAGUGUACAUUGUAAUGAAAAUGUGUAGUUCUCAAUUUGACCAAAUGAGGGCUACAUUACCCCAUGAUAAUGUGCAGUACGUGUGUUGGCUUGCUUCAGUGUGACAUGAAAACACUAAUAUCCAGCAUGGUUGAAAGAAAAGCGAAAUUCUUUCAGAGAAUUCUGCUUUCUUGAGAACUAUUUUGUAAAGUAUUAUGUUUUCCCGUGAGACUGUAAAUGUCAUUUCAAUUGAACAAUGGUGGUGCAAAAGUCCCUUCGAGAAAGGGGACAUUGAACAGUUUUGCUUUUUGUAACAGUGUUGAUAUGAGUUGAAAAUGAAUCCAGUCUGUCAGACGUCAAAAUGAGCUACUUGUUCUUAACCAUAUGAGCACACUUGUUUAUCAUCAAAUGAUGGACAUUAGUCGCUGUGCCAUGUAUCGGUGUGCUUAUAUAUCCUAGUGUUUCAUAUAAUACAAUUUUUAUCUGUUAUCCAAACAAAUCCCAGAUUCCCAGGAACUUUUAAAACAGAUGUUUCUGUGUCAUUGGUUUGGAUAUGAAAGUGUUUUGCUGCUUCUUCACCCAAGAACUUUUGUAUCUGUCUUUUGAAUAUUACUACAAACUAGCUGACUUUUAUAUGUCGUACACAAUGAAACGUGUUUGAGCUUAAAUACUCAAUGUCUGAUGAGCAUAUUUAUCAUUUUAAGAAAAAAUAAAUAAACCAACGUG